CAAUGCUUUUAAUGGAGCUUCAUUGUUUGUGUUUUGUUUUGCUGUGUGUGUGAAGGACUAAAACUGAAAAAGAAAAUGUACAAGACAAAGCUACAGCAGGUAUGCCACCAGAGACGGUGGAGUUUGCCCAAAUACUCUGCCAAGAGAGAUGGUCCGGAUCAUAUACCAAGGUUUAAGGCCUCUGUCAUAGUCAAUGGCACUACCUUCACUUCCCCUGGCGCCUUCAGGUCCUCCAAAGAAGCUCACAACCAAGCUGCAAUGGUUGCCUUCCUUAGCUUUGUUCCUGCUCCACCUGGUACCCCCAUCUCUUUCUCUUUAUGGGUUUUGUUUGUUUCAGGGAAAAGUUCUUCAACACCAUCAACUGAAAAUGAUACUGAAGAAGAAGUUGAAGCAGAGAAACCUCAGAGCAUUUCCACUCCAGCACAGUCUCCAAUCAAUAUAGAUGGUGAAGAAAACUAUACGGUUCCUUUGGGCAAAAGCCAUCUGCAAAACUAUGCCAGAGGGAAGAAUCUUGAUCCACCUAUUUUUACAGUUAAAACUGUAGGGCUGUCUCAUGACACUCACUUUAAGGCUACAGUUGUAGUUGAUGGAAAAUCCUUCGAAAGCCCUGCACUUUCCAAAACUAUCAAAGGGGCUCAACAGGCUACUUCGAAAAUGGCCUUGAUGUCAUUGUCACUCGACAUCUUAAAGAAGGGUGGCUCUGGUCCAUUUAAGAGUUUACUGCUAGAACUAACACAGAGGGAAGGCUUCUGCAAACCUAUAUAUAAAACUAUUCAGUCUAGUUCUUCUCAUAUGAGAACUUUCUACUCAACUGUGGAAGUAGAGGAUGAGGAAUUUCAUGGAAAGGCGAGUAAAUCCAAGAAAGAGGCAGAGCAGGAUGCUGCUAAGAUUGCUUACAUUGCUUUAAAUGAGUGUGGACUUCACAAGUAUACUUCCCUUUCUUCCUAUCUCAGAGAAAAUAAAGCAUUGCCAUCAAUUCACAAUUAUAUGGAGACCCUCAACCAUGAAGAUGAACUUAUGGACCUGGACUUUAAUGACACAUUACCUUCUAGUGUCAAAGUCAGCAAUGAAGAAAACAACCCAUUUUAUCUACAGUCCACUAAGAAAAGCAUGAUGAGCAACAAGGCAAAGGCUCCUGAAACAAGUAGCUACCUCCUCUGCAACAAGUUCAAGGUGUAUACAUCUUACCCAAAUGUAGCACUUCCUGAGGGGACUAUAGUGCUACCAAUUAGUGACAGUAAGUGGAUUGCUGCUGGAAUUUCCAAAUGAGAAAGACAAUUGAUUUGACUUUGCUAUA